CCUGGUGGGGUUGCUGGUGGCCGUACCUCUCUGCGUCUGGGAGCUGCAGAAACUGGAGAAUUCUAUGGAUGGUGCCAAUUUACAGUUUAGACAGUUGGAUAGCACUGAAAUAUCCCAACAUUGCAAUAUAUGUGGAUACUUGUAGAGAAUGCUAUGAAGCGUAUGUGAUCUAUAACUUCAUGGUAUUUCUUUCAAAUUAUCUUAUCAACUGGUAUCCAAAUCUGGUGUUAAUAAUAGAAGCCAAAGAUCAGCAGCGACAUCUGCCACCAUUGUGUUGCUGUCCACCAUGGGCUAUGGGAGAGGUGUUGUUGUUUAGGUGUAAGCUUGGCGUUCUACAGUACACAGUUGUCAGACCAUUCACUACUAUUACUGCUUUAAUCUGUGAAUUGAUUUGUGUCUAUGAUGAAGGAAAUUUUAGCUUCAAAAAUGCCUGGACUUACCUGGUAUUUAUCAACAAUAUAUCCCAGCUCUUUGCCAUGUAUUGCCUUGUGUUAUUUUAUAAAGUACUGCGAGAAGAACUGAACCCAAUCCGACCUGUAGGAAAAUUUCUCUGUGUGAAAAUGGUGGUUUUUGUUUCCUUCUGGCAAGCUGUACUUAUUGCAGUAUUGGUGAAAGUUGGUGUUAUCUCUGAAAAGCACACAUGGGAAUGGCAGAGUGUUGAAGCUGUAGCAACUGGUCUGCAAGAUUUUAUCAUCUGUGUCGAAAUGUUCUUUGCUGCAAUUGCUCAUCAUUAUAGUUUUACCUACAAGCCUUAUGUGCAAGAAGCUGAAGAAGGAUCAUGUUUUGAUUCAUUUCUUGCAAUGUGGGAUAUUUCAGAUAUCAGAGCAGAUGUAACAGAACAAGUUCGCAAUGUUGGAAGGACAGUAUUUGGUCAGCCAAGGAAAAUGUUUUUUGGUGAGGAUCAUGAACAAAAUGAACAUACAAGUUUGUUGUCAACAUCCAGUCAAGACCCAAUUUCUACUGCUACUUCUGUACCAUCAUCACCUGUGGGUCAUUACCAAGGAUUUGGACAUACUCUGACUCCAACAACGCCUUCUGACCCUAUAGCUGCUGAUUUGUGUAAUUCUGUAGAAGAGAAUGAGGAUUUUUCUGUUCAGUCAGACAAACGUAUAGAUAAGAUUUAAAACUCUCUUUGCUCAAAUAUCUUAUGGCCUUUCUU